UCUUUAAUGACCGCUGUUCAAAAUGCCUUCCUUUUCUCACUCUACCUUCUUCUCUCCAUAACCCAUCAAAAUCAUCCUCUUUUCUUCAAUCCUUUCGGAUUACUUAUAUCGGGGUUUUAGUUUAGACCAGAGCUCUAGACUGGAUCAAAUUGCUAUGGGUUCCUUGUGUUCUUGUUUUCGUGCCGCUGUGCCUGAUGACGAAAGUAUAGACUCGGAUGAUGACGAACAAAUUCAAGACUCAAGUGGCAUGGUCAAUAGAACUGCCCAGGCUCAUUUCACUUCCUUCCUACAGAACUUGACCAAUAAGUGUGAAGCUGUUCUUGGAAGAAGAGGAACAGAAGCACUACCAUGGCCUUAUCAAGGUCCAAGUUCUUCACAACCUACAAUUGCACAAAGCAGCUCAUCUGGAUCUAGCAGCAGCAGUGGCAGUGGCAGUGGCAGUGGCAGUGGUAUAUCUUUCAUGAGGCAUGCAAAAGGAUCAUUUCAUUCACGAGUAGGACCGGAAAUGGUUCAUGAAACCAGCGUCCAACAAAUACCAAGUGAAGAGGGCUCCAAGAAAUGCCAUGCCGAGAUCCCUCUGAUGGUUGCAUUGGACAAAGUCAAAAGUAAAGUCAACACUAUCUCGGAAGAUGAGGAGGAUGUUUGUCCAAUAUGUCUAGAAGAAUAUACAAGUGAAAAUCCUCGGAUUGUUACCAAAUGCUCGCACCAUUAUCACCUAAGUUGCAUCUACGAGUGGAACGAGAGAAGUGAAACCUGUCCAGUUUGUUCGAAGUUGAUGGUUUUCGAAGAAAUGGCUUGAUUCCUAAUCCCUUUUGAGUUCAACAUAAAUGGCUUGGUUUAUAAAAGCCAUGGGUAAUGAACAAUGAUCAAGGAAAGUGAUGAUCUUGGUGCACAUAUGAACUGGUUCAAGACUGCUUCAUCUGCAAAAUGGUAAAAAUACAAAGAUUGAUAUUUCUAUUAGUUUUUUUAAUUACUUCUUUUUUCAAAUGGUGAAAAUGGUUUUUGGUUUUUAUGGGUUUUUGAAUUGUAGAUAAAUGCUUGUAUGGAUUUGGUUCUUUGUAUAUAUGGGGGCUGCUUUUGUUACUUGGUUAAUAACAAAAAUGGCUGCAAUUGGUCUCAUCAGUUGGCUCGAACAUUGGUCAUGAACCUUAACCGCAAACGUAUUGGUUAUAUGGGUUUUUACACGA